UUUUUACCAUAACAUUUUUUUCUUCUGCUUUAAAUGAGUUUUUAUAUUAAUCAAUGUAAUCAUUAAUCAUUUUUUAUCUCAUUGUAUUGUCUCUCUAAUCAACUUUUACCUAGGUUACUUAGUUGUUUAACUAUCUAACCAGAUCCUUGAGUAAUCAUAAACCAUUUAUCUUUGGAUUUAAUUUUACCCUAUCCACUGUUUGUUUUCAUUAACAUACAAUCCCUUUUUUUUCAUUCAUUUGUUCAAUCAGAUGUUUUACAGCUUUUCAUGUUGAAUAAUGUGAUUGAGAUUUUUUAAUCAUCUAUUUUUUUUGCUUGCUUUUUGUUGGUUUAUUUCUUAUUUUUUUGACCGAUCUAUCAAUUUUUCACGUUAUCUUUUCAAUAUGGAUCCCAAUCCAUCUCUAAGGCCAGAAUUGAUUGCUCUAUUGAUUAGAGCCGCUGUUGUAGGUGCAAUGACUUAUGCUGGAAUCAAAUUAGUUGUGAAUAUUAUGGACCCAACAACAUCCCAAAAGAAAAAAGCCAAAACUAAGGCUAUGGAAAUACUAAGAAAUCUUGGGAUUGCUUCAAAAGGUGACGAUUUAAAUGAAUAUGAGUACAUAAUUGCUAGCGAUUUAUUAAAUCCUAAAGAUAUUGACGUUACAUUUAGCGAUAUUGCUGGUCUUGACAAUAUCAUUGAAGAAUUGAAUUUACAAGUUAUUCUCCCGUUAACUUUUCCUGAAUAUUUCGAAUCUAAUUUACGGCAACCUCCAAGAGGUGUUUUAUUUCAUGGUCCUCCUGGUUGUGGUAAAACAAUGUUGGCCAAAGCUAUUGCUAAAGAGGCUAAUGUCAGAUUUAUGAAUUUAAGUGUCUCUGCAUUAACUGAUAAAUGGUAUGGAGAAUCACAAAAACUGGCUCAAGCUGUUUUCACUCUAGCUUUGAAAAUUCAACCUUGUAUCAUCUUUAUUGAUGAAAUUGACUCAUUUCUUCGAUCAAGAGAUUCUCAUGACCAUGAAGCCACAGCUAUGAUGAAAGCACAAUUCAUGACUCUUUGGGAAGGAAUCUUAUCAUCAAAAAAGUCUCAAAUCGUUUUGAUUGGUGCAACGAACCGUCCUCAAGAUGUUGACAAAGCUGUUUUACGAAGAAUGCCUUGCAUGUUCCAGAUUGAUUUACCUAAGGAAACUGAGCGUAAACAAAUUCUUGAACUUAUUCUGAAAAAUGAACAUCUUGAAGCCGAUGUAGAUCUUGAUGAAAUAGCAAGUCUUACUCCUGGUUAUUCUGGAAGUGACCUGAAAGACUUAUGUCGUCGAGCAGCUAUGAAGAGUCUCAAAGAACUGAAUGAAAGUUUGUUCAGCAUGUCAAAAGAAACCACAUCUAAUUCAACAGAUGAACAACAAUCAUUUAAUAUUCAAAGUUCCCUGUCAUUUAGUGCAAAACAAAUUCUCUCUCGUGCUAGAACAUCCGGUUCUCGAGCUCCUGAACUUAGAUCAAUGACAAUGGACGAUUUUAUUCAUGCCGUUAACUCCAUAGAUAAUUCAAGAACUGGAAUUAAACCAAAUAGAUCAAGAAUUCCUUUAGAUUAACUAUGAAUUUAAGAGAUUACCAUUAGUUUGCCGUUACAUUUCUGAACAAAGCAUUUUUAAAAGGGUAAUUUUGUGUGUUUUUGCACAAAUUUAAUCUGUAAAUGAUAAAUAGAAUAAGUCGUUAAAUUAACAAUACAAUUCGUUAUUUA